CAAGCAAAAUGCCGCAAACGAAAGAACAGAGGCUAGCAAAACAGCGCAUAUGUAAAAGAAGACGCUAUAAAGAAAUAAAAAAUGAUCCUGAGCUGCUUACCAUUGAAAAGGAAAAACGAAGAAAACAAUAUUUGAAAAGAGAAGAAGAAAAAAGAUUGUCCAGAUCAAAUAUAAAAAUCCUCGGUCACAAGGAGAACAAAGAAAAAGAUGGAAAGAAAAUUCCAGAAAGUAUCGAGAGGGAAAAAACCUAAAUCUUAAUAAAGGAAGUCAGAUUAGAAACUAUUCAAGUUGAAGCAGCCGUGGGUGCAAAUUUACCUAACGAAGCUGAGAGUAUUCACAAGGAAGAAGACCCUUUGCAACAUGAUUGUGAGUGUCCAGCAGUGAAACGCGCAGUUAGGAAAAUAAGAUACAGAGAAUUUAAAAAAAGAAAAAUAUUGAUUGCUAUAAUAAAUGCUUUGAAAAAGAAAAAUGAGUCCCAACGUAAAAGUAUAAUAAAUCUACAGAAAAAACUUGAAGACACGCGAAAGUUACCAAUUGAAAACACAAAGAUAAAUAAUAAACCAAGUAAAAGACGUAAUUUAUCACCUAAAUCCCCAAGUCGCGAACACCGCAUAUCUGACAUAAAAAAGUCAAUAAUUUCAUUUUAUUGUGACGAAGCCAAUAGUACCGUUGCUGCAGGAAAAAAAGUAUUCGUUACAAGGAAUAAGAAAAGACAGCAGAAACGAUACCUGACAGCUCCGUUGAUAGAUUUACAUAAAAAAUUUCAAAAUGAGACUAACUAUAAAAUUCAUUAUUCAUUUUUUUGCAAAAACCGACCUUUCUGGGUUCUGCAUCCUAAGCCAGCUAAUAGAGAAACAUGCAUGUGUGCUACUCAUGUUAAUAUGGAAUUGAUGGUAAGCGCCAUGAGUAAGGCAUAUAUUAUAAAAGAAAAAAAACCAGAAGACAUAUUCACCACAUUGUGUUGCGAUUCUUAUAACACAGAUUGCUUGCAAAGAAUUUGCCUAAAUUGUCUAGGACGGGACCUCGUAUAUAAAGAAAUUAAUAAUGAGAUUGUCUUAACGAUUUUUCAAUGGAAUAGGGUCAAAAAAGAAGUAGUUUUAGAUAAUGGAAUGAAGCACUCAGAAGCCAUUUCCAAAUUAAAAGCCGAACUGCCAAACUACUUUAAUCAUGUACACAAAAUUGUAAAUCAGUACAAAGUAAUUAAAUCGCUUAAAAAAAAAUUUGAAUAUCCAUGAAGCUAUAAUACACGUCGACUUCUCCGAAAAUUAUAAUUUGAAAUAUGCAGAAGAGGUGCAAUCAUUCCACUUUGGAGGAAGUCGGCAACAAGUAUCACUUCACACAGGUGUGAUUAAUACUCACAGUUUUGUAACUGGACAAGUAAUCCCUACAUCCAUGUGUACUCUUAGUUCCUGCCUUCGACACGACGCUGCUUCUAUUUGGGCUCAUUUACUGCCUGUUCUUGAUCAAGUUAUGGAACUAAAUCAGUUUGUAGAUACAAUUCAUUUCUUAUCCGACUCUCCGUCGUCUCAAUAUAGAAACAAAUACAUGUUUUAUAUUAUCAGCCAAUUGUCGUCUCACCACUCCAGCAUAACCAGAAUAACCUGGAAUUACUCCGAAGCUGGGCACGGAAAGAGUGCCCCUGAUGGCAUUGGCGCUACGGUAAAAAGACUAGCAGAUCAAUGGGUUCAUUUUGGUUCAGAUGUUGGAAACUUUGAACAAUUUUACAAAAUCAUGGAAUCAAGAUUAGAAAAUGUUAUAAUUAAAAAAGUUUCCGAGGAAGAAAUUAUUCAAAGGGAGAAAUUGAUUCCCGAGCAGUUGAAACCCUUCAAAGGCACCCUCUCUGUACAUCAAGUUCUUUGGGACCUUUUUACACCAAAAAUUACAAUGAGAAAUAUGAGUUGCUUUCUAUGUGACGUUGGUGAAAUUUGCAACCAUGGAAAGCAUCUAGGGUAUAUUAUCAACAGUAAUUAUGCCGUUAAUCAAAACACUAUAACUGACGUAACUUCUUGUAACAUUGUUCCACUGGCAAAAACUAAACGCAAAUUUACAAAUCAGAACAAAAUCAAGCUUAUUUCUGAUAUUCUUAUUGAUGACACCAAUAAGACUACACAUCAGUAAUUAAUAUUUGAUACAUUUAAUGAUUCUUUUGAAUUCUUUUUUCUUUGUAUUCUGUUACCCAUAAAUCACUAUAAG